GAAUAUUGAAAAGUAAUUUUGGUUUUGCAUAAUUGGUAAUCGUUAGGGUUUAUCUUGUAGCAGCAAUGGAGGAAAAGCACAAGGAGGCAGAAAUUAGCAGCAGCAAGAAAGCCAGUGUUGGACCUUCUUCUACAUUAGAAUACUUGAACCCUCAAUACUGGGAUGAAAGAUUUUCUACAGAGGAGCACUAUGAAUGGUUUAAAGAUUACUCUCAUUUUCAACAUCUUAUUAAAGAACAUUUUAAACCUAAUUCCUCUGUGUUGGAGCUGGGUUGCGGAAAUUCGCAGUUAUGUGAGAACUUGUAUAAUGAUGGUGUUACAGAGUUGACCUGUAUUGAUAUAUCAGCAGUAGCAGUAGAGAAAAUGCAGAGAAGGUUACUCAGCAAGGGGUAUCCAGAUAUUAGAGUAGUAGAAGCUGACAUGCUGGAUCUACCAUUUAGUGACGAGGCUUUUGAUGUGGUUAUAGAGAAGGGAACCAUGGAUGUAUUGUUCGUGGACAGUGGUGAUCCAUGGAAUCCACGACCUGCAACCUUAGAUAAGGUUAUGGCAAUGCUUAAAGGUGUUCAUAGGGUUCUGAAGCCAGAUGGUGUAUUUAUCUCAAUUACUUUUGGUCAGCCACAUUUCAGGCGACCGAUAUUUUGUGCUCCAGACUUCAACUGGUCCAUGGAGUGGAGUACAUUUGGUGAUGGAUUUCAUUAUUUCUUUUAUAUAUUAAAGAAGGGACAAAAAUUGCCAGACACUGAUCUAUGCACAAAAAAGAUCGAAACGCCGUCUAUUUCGAUGUUUCACGAUGAAUUAGACAAUGAAGACUACAUAUUCCGUACCAAUUUAGACGAGAUGGAAAGUUAGAACAGAAACUACUCCUAAGAGCCGGUGUAUUAUAUACAGUGCUUUGACUGCGUAUGUUCAAACUUCUAAUGUUAGAUACCGCUCAAGAAAUAAGAGGAUGAGACUAGAAAUGGCAUCUAAAGGAUAUCUUUGUGGCUGCUUCAUGAUUUUUGAAAGCCUCCUGUUAUUGCACCUGGAAAUCUUUUCAUUUUUAGCCAUUGUAAAACAUUGUCAAGUAAUUCAUUUAACACAUUUGUCUCGUUUUGAAACUAUUAAACAUGCAUUCCGAGUUUUUUGCAUUUGUUUAUGAAUGUUGUGUUCACCUGAAAGAAAUUGAUGGUGAAUAAGUACUUUCUCAUUUGAGAACCUA